AUGAUCUCAACAUGGUUCGUGGAAGACAUUCUCCUCGAAUGGGAGGGGAAACGAGUCAAUCAUAUUAUCCAGGCUAUUGGCAGCUCAAGCACCCAAAAGGCGCAAGACUUCGUAAAGAAUAAUUGCCCAAAUCAGACGCCUAGUGUAUACGGCUCGUACCAAGAGCUCUAUGAUGAUCCCGAAGUCGAUAUUGCAUACAUCGGCACACCGCAUGCAUUUCACCAUCGAGACUGCUUGGAAGCCAUCAACGCCGGCAAAAAUGUCCUCUGUGAGAAGUCCUUCACGAUCAACGCCAAACAAGCACGGGAGAUAUUUGAUGCCGCACGAAAGAAGAAUGUCUACGUCGCCGAGGCCAUGUGGGUUCGACACCGACCUCUCUACCAGGAGCUCAGCCGGCUCCUCCAUGAACAGAAGAUCAUUGGGGAUGUGUUCCGCGUGUUCUCCGAUUUCGCUAACGGUGCCGACCCCGCAUCGCUUCCUGCCACCUCCCGACACCGCGAUUUGAGCCUUGGAGCGGGCUCCCUCCUCGAUGUCGGUGUCUAUGCACUCACCUGGGGCCGCAUGGCCCUUGGAUACCAGAAGGAGCUUCCUCAGAUCGUGGCAAAACAAACCCACGAAGUAGGGGUGGAGAUUACCACCAGUGCUAUUCUACAGUAUUCAUCCGGGCGACAGGGAAUCUGUACAUGUACCAGUAAGGCCCUCGGAGCCCCAGGCGAGGUAUUCCUCGUGGUGCAUGGCACCAACGGGUACGUUGAGGUUGAAGGGAGAGCGGCUUCGAUCCCCGAGUCCUUCACGGUUUGGAAGAAACAGGAGGGGGCCGCGGAUCGGGCUUAUUUCCCGCGUGAAGCAUGUGAGGGGAAGAAGUAUAACUUCCCUCAGAUUGGGCGUGGGUUUGUUUGGGAAGCUGAGAAUACCGCGCUUGAUAUUCUGGAGGGGCGAAAGGAAAGUCGGGUGAUGCCCUGGGAGGAGACGCUGUACAUCAUGGACCUGAUGGAUGAGAUCCGGGCGCAGGGGGGGACUUCUUACCCUGGCGAGUGA